AUGGACUCGCAUCCGAUGCCUGGUGAUGGUGUGCAGCCAUUCCACCCACAACCAGUUCCAUCCGUUGUCAACCACAAACAGCGGGGCCAAAAGCAUCCUCGCAAGGGAAAACAGCGCCAGAAUCACCCUUCUGCUGGCAGCAAUAAUGGCCCCCCUAAGCACACCCAAUCCCAAUCAUGUUACAACUGUGGUUCCUUGGAGCAUUGGGCCCAGCAAUGCCCGGAACCCCGCCGCGAGUUUCCCACGGGUGGUAUGAAACCUGGUCGUCCACCAAAACGACAGAAAACUACAGUUUCUUACCAUGCCCAUUAUCAGGGCGACCCGUUUUACGACAAAUCGCAUCCGGGCCCUCAAAGGGGUUAUACUCACCCGCCCGUAGCACAUCCAACAUAUCAACCCAGACCAAUGUCAGCCUCAACAUAUGGCUCUCCAACAUCCAUGUCUGCCCACCCCUAUUCAGCUGGUCCAUGGCCCCAUGAACCCUUGCCCCCGCAAUAUAAUUCACCCCAAUCGUAUGGAUUGCCAACGUCCACGAGUGCCUAUAACCCGCAGUUCUCAAGUCCAACUGCUAUGCCGCCCCCCCGGGGCUAUUUUCACCCUCAGUACCCAUCUCAGUUUGCGGAGCCCGAAUAUCAUCGAAAGUCUUUCGAUCGUCACCAACAAAUGCCGCCACACGUGGGUAACAAUCGGCAAUCUAGGAAAAAGUGGCGUCGUUCAGAUAAUGUACCCGCAAUCGCUCUUCCAGUAGAACCCUGGAUGGAAGAAUUACAGUCCCUUGACAUCCCCGAGUCAAACUCUGGUCAAAAUGAAAUUGUUUGGAGGCCAGCUGUUCAAGUUGCCCGCCCUCUUCCUUCAACUUUUGAUGAACGUGACGAUAUUGGAAUGCUCCCGCCCUUUACGACACUGCCACCUGGCAUGUCUGUGUCAAAAUACAUCCUGGACAAGGGUCCCGAGGAGUUUGUCGACAACAUUAGAAACACUGAGGAUUGGCCAUUCGUAAUGGCAGAUCCCAUAUUUUUAGAGAUUUCAACAGAAUGUGAACUUGUAUCAAUCGAUGAGCUCAUCUCGCGCCGCAAGCUGAUAUUUGAAACCCAUCGUAUCGAACCCCCCCCUCCAGUUGAGGAACCCGACGGUGGCCUGGAACAAGACGACGAAAUAGAUGGAGAAAAUCACUCUCAAGAAAACUAUGGCUCCGUCGUCAGUUCAAAUGAAGCAGGUGACGAUCGAGCCAUGAGUGGGGGGCAUUCCAGUGAAUACUCACACACGCCAUUGUGUAGUCCAAAGGCGGGGUAUAGAGACGAUAUGUCCUCUACUGGAUCAUACCAAGCCGAUGAUAGAGGCUCAUUCAGGGAAAGUGCAUCUCCAGAUGCACCGGAGGAUCCAGUCUCCCCUGAUCCGAGAACAAAUUACGAGUAUCACGAGUUUCAGGAUCGCCAAGACUCAAAACAACACUAUUCCAAACCUGGCAAAAACUCCACGAGUGACAAACGGCGGAAUCAACGAAUCCAGCGAGAUCGCAGACAGCAGAUGGAUUUUUCAACCCGCAAAUCUGGUCAGCUCGAUGGCAGGCGCAAUGCGCCAUUUGACUGUCGAGGAGGACGUUCUGGUUAUUUGAACCCCCAAGAUCGACGAAAGCAAAAGCAGCAGCAGUUCAAGGGUGGUGCUAAAACAAAAGCCAAAAAAGUGCCGAAUAAUCGUGGGCGGCCACCGUACAAUUCCAUUUCAGAGGGCCAUCUUCACGAGAACUAUGAUAACAGAUGUGGUCUGGAUGGCAAUACCGGUCGCAGUCAUAAUGAAGACCCAAGUCAACCCAAACGUUCCCAUGGCUAUGCUGACAUUCAACAAAGCGAUCACCAUCAUCCCCAUGACCAGGUUGAUUUCGAGCAUAACAGUCGAAAAAGGAGCAGGCAAGAUGAGUCUCUCGGCACACCUGAAGAACCCAUGCGCCAAGAAGAUGAUAUUACUCCAAAGAUAAGGCGACGUCAACCCCAUGUCGCAGAGGCCUACAGGUAUGACUUGCAUCAACCUAACAUUCUUGCUAUUCACUAA